AUGAUCAGAAAGCACUUUUUGCAGAUGUUUAUACAAAAGGACAAGUAUUUGGUUGUAGACCUUCCUCAAGGACAAACAAAGUUUCAUUAUAUUUGGCUUAGAGACCAUUGUAGAUGUAAACAGUGCUAUGAUCACUUGACAAUUCAAAGACUGGUGAAUUCUCCAGAGAUCCCGUUGGAAAUCUCUCCACACCACGUCUCGGCUUCGGAGGAUGGACUGAGUGUGAAUGUGGUAUGGCCUGACGAACAUCAAAGCAAGUAUGACCUGAAAUUUCUUGCAAACAACUCAUAUUGGCCACCGUUGAACCCGGAGUCUGGUGCUAAAAUCCAUUCUGGUAACGGUAAGUUGGACAAAGUUCCGUGGAAUGUCGAAUUUCUGAAAGAGAAUUUGCCCCAGGUUGAGUACUCCAAAGUGAUGGACACCAGCACAGACGAUGGGAUUGCAGAAUGGUGUCUGAAAAUCUGGAAAUAUGGGUUUUGUUUUGUUAACAACACCCCUGUUGACCCAGAAUCGACUAAGAAGUUGAUAGAAAGAAUUGCAUUUAUUAGACCUACCCACUAUGGUGGAUUCUGGGAUUUUACGUCUGAUUUGUCAACUCAUGACAAUGCCUACAGUGAUGUCGCUAUCCCAUUGCACAUCGACAACACUUACUUCACUGACCCCGCUGGCUUGCAACUGUUUCAUCUUUUGAAGCACACUGGAGAAGGUGGAAUCACCACCCUCUGCGAUUCGCUUCAUGCUGCCAAUAUCUUGAAGCAGCAGAACCCUGAGUAUUAUGAAAUUCUAUCAAAAAUUCCAGUUCCAGCUCAUUCCGCCGGAGAGGAAAAUGUGUUCAUUCAACCAUCUCAUGCUAAACCCAUUAUCAAUCAUGAUAACGAGGGAAAUGUCAUCCAGGUCCGCUGGAACACGAGCGAUCGUUCAGUCAUGAACGGGUUGUCCUUUAAAAACCCUGAAACUGAAGUCCCCCUGUUCUACGCUGCAAUCAAGAAAUGGAACGAUAUCAUUGAAUCCAAGGACAACGAGUUCUUUCACCAAUUGAAACCGGGACAAUGUCUCAUCUUUGAUAACUGGAGGGUUUUUCAUUCCAGAAGGACCUCUUUCACUGGGGAACGUAGAAUGUGUGGUGCUUACAUCAACCACGACGAUUAUGUUAGCAGGGUAAAGCUACUCAACUUGUCUAGGGACGAUCUCCUUGAAACACUAUAG